AUGGAUCCAAACAAUUGUCCUCCCUUUUUUUCAUUUUAUCCCUCCUACUUUACCCCAAUUGUGAGCCCCAAGUAUCAGUCACAAAGUCAAAUGUCUGCUGGCAUAUCUCAAAGUCAGAAUUAUGUUUCAGCUACUGUAGGAAGUGGUAGCAACGUUGGAGAACCUCAUCCAGUUGGUGGUGGUGCUGCAUCCGAUUUGGCCUCCAUCCCGUCAUUGAACUUUCAAGACCCUCAAGGACUUUUCGAACCUGGAGAAUUUCCAGCUUUGCAGUUUCCUCCAAGUUUUAACUAA